AUGAGUAAGAAACAGACACCAAGUGAAUUUUUAAAGAAUGUGAUUGGCAGGCCAGUGGUCGUCAAGCUCAACUCCGGAGUAGAUUACAGAGGGAUUUUGACUUGCCUUGAUGGUUACAUGAAUAUCGCUUUGGAACAAACCGAGGAAUAUAUUAAUGGACAACUAAAAAACAAGUAUGGUGAUGCAUUCAUUAGAGGCAAUAAUGUUUUUUAUAUAAGCACGCAGAAAAGACGACUUUAA